CCCCGGGACAGUCGCGUCGUAGGCGGGUGGGCAGAGGCCGCGGCAUGCGCGUAUAAAAGCGGUGGAUAUCCCUCACGUGGCCGCAAGCCCAGGGUCCGAGUCCCGAGAGAGCCUUGACGUGCCAAGAUGAACGCUGCUGUUUUGCUGCUGCUGUGCGCCACCGCACUGCUCAGCAGUCAUCGGGGGGCGUCGGCUCGCUCAAGCGUGGAGAAGAGGAACAACCGCUACUGCGGCAGCAACCUGAACCGCGUGCUCGACUUCCUCUGUGAAGAGUACUACGAUCCGACCCAGAAGCGGCACACGGGCUACAGACCGGCCCACGACCUGCCGGCCGCACUACCCGUCUGGUUCCCCGUGCUCGACGCCAACGGAGACUCCAAACUGGGCUUCAUGGAGGCCAAGGCGGCCCUGCAGCUGCUGCGACCUUCCGUUCACUACGGCCGCCAUACCCGGGGAAUCGUCGAGGAAUGCUGCCACAAGAGCUGCUCGACCCUGGAGCUUCUCGCGUACUGCAAGACUCCCCGGAACAACGCCGACCUGCAGGUCUCCUCCGACGACAACACAGCCUAAGGGAUGUCUUCGAGACACUCUUCUUCCACGGGUGGUGUCCGGCGGUCAGCGAGAGCUACGAGAUUUGUAAUCUGAGACUGAGGAAUACGACAAAUGUCUCAGGAGUAAGGCAAAAACGCCAACUGUAACGUCCAGAGAACGUACCAGUUUUAUGACGUGUCGCGUGAAAUUUCCCACGGCCAUCUAAAGGUCCUCUGUUGUACAAGUCAAACUGAUAAUUCUCACAAAGACUUCGUUUCACCAUAAACCCGCGAGCAAUUAAAGUUUGUAUAAAAAUACGGACACACAUAUUAAAAGUGUGAGGUCAUGCGUAUUCACUGCUCUUUAUUGAAUUAGCGGGUGCAGUAGACACACAGAAACAUGACAAACGCCGUGACGUUUGCGUUUUUAAGGCUGCUUAACUGACUCAAUCGGCUCGUCGCGUUCACUGCGCUCGAACUUUAAAUAGAAUGAAGCAUCGGAAGGGGCAUAGGACUUUCCAUGGAACGAGCGUAAAGUGCCAGGACUUGCACAUAGAUUAAGAAAUUUCGUGGACGUUUUUGCUUUAAUUUGUUUUGUCAGGACACAACACCGAAUUGCCGUUCUUCCCCGAUUUUAAUUUACCAAGCAUGUAUUGAUACCACUGACCUGCCUAUUGUGAAUUUUUACAUCAGACGUCUCUUCUUUUACGUUGCGUGAAUGAGGAACGCGUUUUUUUACUGUGAAAAUAUAUAUUCUGCUUUAUCAAUUCAAGCCUGCGUGGUGGCAAGACGUGGAGACUACAUGAGUUCGAUGAUCGAGUUGCCCGUGCGCUUGUUGUUAUCGAUCUGAACGGGAAUGUUCAGAUCGGAAACUCCAAAAACUGUUCAUUUGACCAUCCGCUCUCUCUAUGAUUGUGUCUUGGCAGAGCCUCAAAAGUAUUUCAGGAUUUCUGGUCAGUGGCGUGACUAAGGGGGAGUGGGAAAGGGGGGGGGGGGGAGGGGCAGUUGUCGCGGCGGGCCACCGCCCCAGGUGCCACUGGCUUUAGUGACACCAUGUACUGCCUCUGGUACAGUUUAGCUGGUUUUGAUUAUCAGGUGAGCUAUACUGCCGGUGACGAAAACAAUCAUUGGAGAAGGGGGACGAAGGUCAACCACAAAUUUCCGAAUACAGCUAGGUGACUGGUGCGUGAACUGUUUGGAGAUUUGUGUUUGUCCUUUGUUCCCCUUCUCCAGGGAUUAUUUUCGUCAUUCUUGUCGAGCUCGCCUGCGCCUUUGCAUUUAAUUGCAUUAUAAUCACGAGCUAUACUCCGAAUGUUUUAUUCACGAUUGAUGAUAAACACAAUCGCCCACCGUAACUGCCGUCCACUUGAUAAUUUCGUUGAAGUUCUAAGAUGUUUAGCUGAUCUAAUGUUCGUAAGCCUCUAGAUAGAAAACAUAUGUCUGACUUUUAUUGCGUAUUUGAAUCUCAGCAUGUACCAAAAAAAAUGACGUGGACGUUGAUUGUGAAUGAAUGAAGUACAAAUACCGACUGACGACGAGAACGCUGUUCGUGAAGCACAAAGUAUUUGAAAGAGUGCCACAGCCGAGGUGCCACCGUAUACGUAUGCCUUUGUUUUUAUCCAGCUUUUAACAUCGCGUUGAACAGUACGUGCUCGCCGUUUUCUAGAACUUGCCGACAUAGCUGAUAUUCUUCUAUUACAUUUUGUUGAGUCAUUCCGUUGACGUGGUCCUCUCCCUCUGUAUCGACCGUGUCUCUGAAAAUAAAGAGUGAGAAGCUUGAAACA